UGGGGAGAGCGAGGAGAAAUCAUGUUGUCCGACCAGAGAAGCUCCUAGCAGCACUGCUCAGCUGUGACGCCGGGAGAUCGGGUCGGGUCCUGGGACAAGGAUACUCUUAUUCGAGAAUGAUGGCACUUUGCGCGGCCGUAUGAGGAAGGACGGAGCGAAGCUUGGCUUUACAGACGAAUUCAUGGGGACAUGGGAUUCGCGCUCGCGUUAAUCACUUGCCAGGAUUUUUACCGUCAACUUCUGCGCCAGAGGCGCGCGGAAGCGUUCCCAGAAACACAGCUUCUAUCGGCUGCAAAGUCGCCAUUUCUUGUCUGCACUUGAUCCUUUCCGGUGAGGAUGUCUGAGCUGGAGGCAAUGAGCCCGGAGUCACGCCCAGACUCCACCCCGCCCAUGGGGUGUGAGGGAGCUGCACCCCUCAUCUCCUGCCCCUCCCCCACCCAUUCGCCUGCCCCCUCGCCACGCCCCCGCCUGCCCCCCAGCUCCAGUCUAGAGGAAGAGGAGGACGAGAGGCAGGCCGACCCCAGGUCCGAACAGCAGAGACGGGGCCUAAACCAGGGGCAGCCGAGAAAGAGAUCCAAGGCCAAAGGCAGGCUGGUGCGCAGUCUGGCCGUGUGUGACGAGUCUUCCCUGCCUGUACCCACAGAUGGUGCUGAGGAUAAUCAGGGAUCCAUUCAGCUGCAGAUGACCACUCUGCCUUGCCUUCAGGAAGACAGCAGUCUCAGCCGAGAUGAAUCCGACCGGGACAAAAACAAAGAGACAGACAAACCAAGCGAAAAACCAAAAAUAAGAAUGUUAUCAAAAGAUCACAGCCAGGAAUACACGGACUCCACCGGCAUUGACUUGCAUGAGUUCUUAGUAAAUACCUUACAGAAUAACCCCAGGGACAGAAUGAUGCUGCUGAAAUUGGAACAGGAGAUAAUCACCUUCAUCGCAGAUGAUAACAGCCCUUAUAAGAAGUUCCCCCAGAUGUCAUCAUACCACCGGAUGCUGGUGCAUCGAGUUGCUGCGUACUUCGGCAUGGAGCAUAACGUGGAUCAGACCGGGAAAGCUGUCAUCAUCAACAAAACCAGCAAUACCAGAAUACCCGAGCAACGCUUUGGGGAGCACAUAAAGGACGAGAAGACUGAGGAAUCGCAGAAGAGAUUCAUCUUGAAGCGGGACAACUCCAGCAUUGAUAAAGAAGACAAUCAGCAACAUAGGAUUCACCCAUUUAGAGAAGACAGGAGGAGUAAGUCCAUAGAAGAAAGGGAAGAGGAGUAUCAGAGAGUGAGGGACAGAAUUUUUGCACAAGAUUCAUUCUGCUCUCAAGAAAAUGUUUACAUUGAGACAAGGAUUUUAGAAGACUGCAAUUUAUAUAACGACACUCAGAAGAAGAGGCAGCUGUUUAGGGGGAACCGGGACGGCUCGGGCAGGGCGUCAGGCAGCCGGCAGAGCAGCACGGAGAUGGACUCUCGCUGGAGUGACCCGCGGCCCUGGAGCAGCACUGACUCAGACAGCUCCUGCCGAAACUACAAACCCGCCGUCACCAAGACGGCCAGCAUCGGGGGCAUCACCGUGCUCACCCGCGGAGACAGCUCCUCCAGCAGCAGCCGAGGCACCGGCAAGCUCUCCAAAACAGGUUCUGAGUCUUCCAGCAGCGGCGGCUCCUCAGGGUCCCUGUCCAGGGCUCACCUGACACUGCAGAGCUCCUCUCUCCUGACCUCUGCCCCGCCCAGCUCUGGUGGUGGCCCCGCCCCCUUCGCCGAGGGCCAGCCCCCUCCCAGCAGCCCCAGCUAUAUCCUGGUCUCCCUCGAGGCCAGCGGCAUCCCCCCUGGUAGCAUUCUCCUAAAUCCACACACAGGUCAGCCAUUUGUAAACCCAGAUGGAACCCCUGCUAUCUACAACCCCCCCGCUGGGCAGCAGCCAAUCAGAAGCCAGCUUGUGGGGCAGUCGCCACAACAGAGCACGCCACAAUCCCAGCAGGCUCCGCAGCAGGCCCCGCCCCCACCGCAGCAGCCACAGCAACCAAUGACAAGCCACAUGGUGCCCCAGGGCCUGCAGCCGUCCUCACAGGCAGGGUCGUACUCCGCCCUCUCGUACCCGAGUCAGCACCUGCUGCCCGUCUCUCCCACGCAGCAUUACCCUGCGCGGGACGAGCUCUCCUCCCAGUUUGGACAGAUAAGCCUCAGUCGGCAGUCUUCGGGUGAAGCCCCCGAGCCCCCCGCCCCGCCCCCGGCCUCGGCGUACCCCCCUGGCCUGCUCUCGCAGCCCCCCCCUCAGACGGGCUUCGUCAUGGCCUCGCCCACUCAGCAGCUGCCCCCCGGGGGGUUCCCGGGGACAGGGCCGCAUAUGUCCCAGCAGGUCCUGCAGUCGUCCCAGGGGUUUGUCCAGCAAGCUCCAACUCAGGUGCCAGUGUACUAUUACUCAUCCGGCCAGUACCCUACCUCAAGCAGUCAGCAGUACAGGCCCACGGGUCCGCUCCAGUACAGCACGCACAGGAACCAGCAGAUUCCACAGAGCACACAGCAGACAGGUUACCCGCCAGUUUUAUCCAAUCAGCAGCCAGGAUUCCAAAGCCUGAUGGGAGUGCCGCAGCAUCCCCAGAACCAGAACCAGAGCUUGAUGUCCAGCCAGCAAGGGAGUCAAGUCCAAAGCGUGAUGAUGCCGUACCCGUCCAUGUCUUCAUAUCAGGUGCAAAUGACGCAGGGUUCUCAAGGGAUACCCCAACAGUCUUACCAACAGACCAUCAUGCUGCCCGGUCAGUCGGGUCAGGGGGCGGUGCCCAGCCAGGGCGUCCCCGUCUACUGCAACGUGAUGCCGCCUUCCCCGCCUGGCAACCUGCGGCUGGUGGGCGCCCCCUGUCCCUCCAGCACUGUGCCCGUCGUCCAAGCCAGCUGCCGCACAAACUGUGGCAACCUCAGCAGCCCGGGGUGGCAGGUCAAGUACUGACAUGGCAACCCAGGGGGCGAGCACAGACAGUCACGACCAACGAUGGGAGAGCGAGGCUUCACCAAACACAAAAUGGGCGGAGCUGUUGUGUGUCAUCAGUGACUCUUGGAUUUGAACCAAUGACAGCGUUAUGCUAUGGAAUGCAAAUUUCUUUGAUUCACGUGAGAGUUAUUGAAAGGGUAUAGCAACUCCCAAUAACUCGGUAUGGGAAUCAUGAUGCCCCGCCCUCCCAUCAGUAGGUCCUGACCCCUACCCCUCACCCCCACCUACCGGUGCAUUGGACAAUUCUAACCAUGGCCUUUAACAGCAGGGGACGAGAGCAAAAGUGACAGAUAUUCUGUAUAAUUAAAAAACAGUAAUAAUUCAUAUGUUUGCUGGUUUAUGGUGCAUACUUUAGUCCUGUUCCUGCGUGGGAGGCCUUUGUAGCUUAGCGAGGUGACAUGCAUUCACUGGGUGAUGACCUCUUCCUUUUCACUGAUCACCACUGUGUAGAUUGUAAUAAACCUAAAACUGGAUUAGUUUUGUACUUUGUGUUGAGUUUGUGAAGCUGAAAGUAUUUAAAAAUGAUAUUAUAUAUACACACAUAUAUUAUAUAUAUAAAU